AUGAAUGCAGGUAAUAUAAAAGUUACACUUGUACAGCGACAAUUGCGAGAAGACUGGAAUAAUCGAGAAUACGCGCAGGUAGUUUCUGAUAACAUUCGACAUAUCGCGGAUUUUCUCUGUAACUUUGAACUGUCUUGUCGGAGCAGAAUCGCAGCACUUAGUGAUAAGGUGUCACUACUAGAACGAAAAGUGGAAUUUCUUGAAGCCAGACUAUCGCGAGGUGAAACAUUGAAUUGA